AUGGAGGAGCAAGAUGUUGCGCAGAAUAGCACUGACAAUACCGUCACACAUGGCAUUUACGAAAACGUUGUCGCCCAUGUCGACAAUGAUAACGUCGAUAUUGAUCCGGAUUGGAGCGCAAAUGGUCCAUCUACCAGCGCUAAGCCCGUCGGUCGACCCCCUAAACGUGGCCGUGGUAGGCCAAGGAUCCACCAGAGAGGGGGAAACGCCAACCGGGGCCGCACCACACGGACGCAGCCCCAAGCUCAACUCCAAGCUCAGGAAGAGCCAAGAGCACAUAAUCAACCAUUUGGACAAACCAAGACUGUCACUCUAUUUUUUGAACCUAGGAAAACCCGACUUACCGCUAAGAAGGAGGAUUUGGUCUUGCAAGAGACCAUCAGGACAAGUGCUGAACCUGACAGCCGCCAUGGCAGCCGGGCAUUGUCCGCUGGUGCCGACCAAGACACGGUGAACAUGAAAACUGGCUUUGAUGCGCGUGCUUCGAAGGCUAGUCCUGAUGAGUCAUCUCCCGAUUAUGCAGUAAAACCGUUACAUGAUGUGGAAACUACAAGGAAACUACCACAUCAAGAAAUGGCUGGCGGGAAGAAGACAAGGGGAAAUGACACCAAGAGUGAUAUCUUGAACGGGAGCCGAGACCAUGCUCAGGGGUUCAUACGGGCAUCAGAGGCUCUGAUCUACCCAGACGGGUUUUCGAAAUCGGAACAGCAAACUGCGCUAGGCCGGUAUGGAGAUGAUAUUGUCUCUGAGUUUCGGGUAAAAUGGCGAGAAGUACUCAAACUCACCAAUACCCAGAACCAGAGGAGGUCUGUGGAUGUUUGGAAGUCGCUGUUGGAUCCCGAUUUGGCUACUCGAUUCCGUGCGUCACUGUCAGGACGGUACCGUGAUUAUAUUGACCAGUGUAAACGCAAGAUGGAACAGGGAAUACCUAAACGAAAUUCCUCCGGACAGCCUGCAAACCAGCAGCGAGAAAAGCAGCAGCACAAGCAGCCAAGGAAACGACAAUAUGACGAGGAGGAAUCACAAGAGAAGCAGGAGUCGCCAGUGGUGCAGUAUGCGAAACGACGCAAGCUAACCGCAUCGCCUCAACCAGAGCAGCCAGGGAAACGGCAACAAGAAGAAGCUGAACCAGAAGAGCAGGAUUAUACACCAAUCUUUGCAGAUCCAAGGGCAUCGCCUCAGCCUGAAUCUCCUCCUGUCUCUGCCAAUCCUUACAGUCCCAAUCCCAGUCCCAGCACUGGAAAUCUUGGACCGGGCAAGGGUUCCGCAUGGCGGGUGAUCAGGGAGCCAAAUGGGAACUAUUCUGCUACGGACGUUUCGCGGAUGGCUAACGAGCUGGAAUCGGGGGAGAGCCCAACCAAGAAAUUCUCUUUUAGGAUGCAGAGGGAAUCAAUUGCAAAAGUACAGACUGUGGGGAAGAACAGCCUUGCUGGGAAGCGUUAG